CGAUAUUAUCAGCACGUGACGGUUUUGUCAGAAUUGUAUUUUCACUCAUCAUACAAAAGUAAAAGAAGUGUUUUAAGAACGUAUAUAAUAAUUUAACUUAAGUUACAAAGAUGUCAGCAGUACCUUUGAUUGUUGUUACUUCACUAUGGGGUAUAGUGGGCGUUAUUGUUCCGUGGUUUGUGCCUAAAGGUGAAAACAGAGGGGUUAUCCAGGUUAUGCUAGUCACUACUGCAGUUUGUUGCUAUAUUUUCUGGCUGUGUACAUAUAUGAUGCAGAUGAAUCCACUUUUUGGUCCCCAGAUAGAAAACAAAACAUUGACAUUAAUUUGGAGUAAUAAGUGGUAAUAAGGAUUUUAGAAGUUUGGAAGUGUGAUGUAUCAAAGUGAGACUUGGAAUGGAAAAUUUCGAAGAUCAACUAAAAAAAUAGUUUCCAUGGAUGUUAUAAUUUAAAUGUUCGAGAAGUUUUACUAAAGCUUAACUAUUUAUAAUUCUAGUGAAAAAAUCAGUUUUUACCAAAACAAGUUGCAAAUUUAAGGUUACUGUUAAAAUAAUCUUUUUUCACUAAUUUUAUGGAUAGCAAGUGUCAAACAUUGAAAACAAAUUCAAUGAAAUUUUAAUGUGUGAUUGAAUAAUUUGGUUUCCAUAUUAAGAAUAGACAGAAGGAUAACCAUGAAAGCCCAUAAAGUAGGAAAUGUAUACUAUAUAUAACUAAGAGCUGUAGUUCAAACAAGCAUUAAGAAACACUGAACAAGUGAGUUUGUAAUUGAUGAUGACUGAUUUGUACAAUGUAUUAAGUAAUUAGUGUAAUAAAUUUGUUUUCAAAUAGUCA